AGCGGAACUGUCGUAACAACAUCGCGUUGCAUUGUGGGGGAAAGUGCUCCUUAGAAACAUGUCGGACACAUUUGGAGAAGGAUUAUUUAGCGUGUUUGAUGACGAACAACAAAGUUCUACAAACAAAAAGACACCAACAGGUGUUUCUACAGAAACAGGGAAGGUUGUAGGUAAAUUUCUAGGCUCUGAGAAGGAUGCGGGUCCAUCCACUCGGGUCAAGAGAGAGGCAGACCUGGAAGUAGGGGAGGAUGUGGUGUUCGGGAAGAGGGCUCGAACUGACACUGCCAAUGACCUAAAUCUUGCUGAGUUCAUGCCUCAAGUGAAGGUGGAGCCGGUUGAAACCGUGGAAGGAUGCUCACACGAGGUUGCUCUGCCUGCUGAUGAGGAGUAUAAACAACUAAAACCAAGAGUUGGGAAAGCAGCAAAGGAAUACCCGUUUAUCCUCGACCCCUUCCAGCGUGAGGCCAUUUUAUGCAUCGACAACAAUCAGUCAGUGCUUGUGUCUGCACACACCUCUGCAGGCAAAACUGUUUGUGCAGAGUACGCCAUCGCCCUGGCCCUCAGAGAGAAGCAAAGAGUCAUCUUCACCAGCCCGAUCAAGGCCCUGUCCAACCAGAAGUACAGAGAGAUGUAUGAAGAGUUUCAGGAUGUGGGACUAAUGACUGGAGAUGUCACCAUCAACCCAACCGCCUCCUGCCUUGUCAUGACAACAGAGAUCUUGAGGAGCAUGCUGUAUCGAGGUUCUGAGAUCAUGAGGGAGGUGGCGUGGGUCAUCUUUGAUGAGAUCCAUUAUAUGAGAGACGCAGAGCGUGGUGUGGUUUGGGAAGAGACCAUUAUUCUUCUUCCUGACAAUGUGCACUACGUUUUCCUCUCCGCCACCAUCCCCAAUGCCAAACAGUUUGCAGAGUGGAUCUGCCAUUUACAUAAGCAGCCUUGCCAUGUGGUUUACACGGAAUACCGGCCCACUCCGCUGCAACACUACAUCUUUCCAGCAGGGGGCGAUGGACUCCACCUUGUGGUCGAUGAGAACGGUGACUUUAGAGAAGACAAUUUCAACACCGCCAUGCAGGUGCUGAGAGAUGCAGGGGAUUCUGGGGGCGGCAGUGGAGGCGGCAAGUGGGACCCGAGACGAAAAGGAGGCACUAAAGGUCCAUCCAGUGUUUUUAAGAUAGUGAAGAUGAUCAUGGAGAGGAACUUCCAGCCUGUCAUCAUUUUCAGUUUCAGUAAGAAGGAGUGUGAGGCCUACGCGCUACAGGUGGCCAAACUGGACUUCAACACAGAUGAUGAGAAGCGUCUGGUUGAAGAAGUGUUUAACAACGCCGUGGACUGCCUCUCCGACGAAGACAAGAAACUGCCUCAGGUGGAGCAUGUGUUGCCUCUGUUGAAGAGAGGGAUAGGGAUCCAUCAUGGAGGCCUCCUGCCGAUCCUCAAAGAAACCAUAGAGAUCCUCUUCUCUGAAGGCCUGCUGAAGGCCUUGUUUGCCACAGAGACUUUUGCCAUGGGUAUAAACAUGCCGGCUCGGACUGUGCUCUUCACCAGUGCACGCAAGUUUGAUGGCAAGAGUCACCGCUUCAUUACAUCAGGUGAAUACAUCCAGAUGUCUGGCCGUGCCGGGAGGAGAGGGAUGGAUGAUAGGGGGAUUGUUAUUUUCAUGGUGGAUGAGAAAAUGAGUCCAGCUAUAGGGAAGCAGUUGCUGAAGGGCUCAGCAGACCCUUUAAACAGUGCCUUCCACCUGACCUACAACAUGGUGCUCAACCUGCUACGUGUGGAGGAGAUCAACCCAGAAUACAUGCUGGAGAAGUCCUUCUACCAGUUCCAGCACUACCGGGCUCUGCCCGGCGUGGUCGACAAAAUAAAGACACUUGAAGAGCAGUACCACACCAUUGAAAUCCCCAAUGAAGAGAGCGUGGUCACCUACUUUAAGAUAAGGCAGCAGUUGGCCAAACUAGGUAAAGAAAUACAGGAAUUCAUCCACAAACCCAAAUACUGCCUACCGUUCCUCCAGCCUGGGCGACUAGUGAAGGUGAAAAAUGAGGAUGCUGACUUUGGCUGGGGGGUUGUUGUAAACUUUUGCAAGAAGACUAAUGUGAAGGCAGCCACAAACUCUGAGCCGCUGUACGUGGUGGAGGUUCUGCUUCACUGUAGUAAGGAAAGUGUCAAAGAUGCUGCUACUGAAGCAGCCAAACCUGCUGCUGCAGGGGAGACUGGAGAGAUGCAGGUGGUCCCAGUGAUGCUCCAUCUCCUAACAUCACUCAGUUCAGUUCGUCUCUACAUCCCUAAAGACUUGAGGCCCUUUGACAACAGGCAGCUGAUGCUCAAGUCCAUACAGGAGGUGCAGAAGCGUUUCCCAGAUGGCGUUCCGUUGCUCGACCCCAUAGAUGACAUGGGCAUCAAAGACCCUGCACUAAAGAAAGUGAUUCAGAAGGUGGAGGCCUUCGAGCACCGGAUGUACACCCACCCCCUCCACAGCGACCCCAAUCUGGAGUCGGUCUAUUCUCUCUGUGAGAAGAAAGCUCUGAUCGCAGCAGAUGUUCGAACGGCCAAGCGAGAGCUGAAGAAAGCUCGAACCGUCCUGCAGAUGGAUGAGCUCAAGUGUCGGAAGAGAGUCCUGAGGAGACUUGGCUUCGCCAGUCCCUCUGAUGUCAUCGAGAUGAAAGGGCGGGUUGCCUGUGAGAUCAGCAGCGCUGACGAGCUCCUGCUGACGGAGAUGGUGUUCAACGGCCUCUUCAACGACCUGGCGGUGGAACAGGCUACUGCCCUGCUGUCCUGCUUUGUCUUCCAGGAGAACGCCAACGAGAUGCCGAAGCUCACAGAACAGCUGGCUGCACCUCUCAGACAGAUGCAGGAGUGUGCGAAGCGCAUUGCUAAGGUCUCCGCAGACGCCAAGCUGGAGGUGGACGAGGAGACAUAUCUGAACCAGUUCAAACCCCACCUGAUGGAUGUGGUCUACGCCUGGGCCAACGGGGCCACGUUUGCUCAGAUCUGCAAGAUGACCGAUGUCUUUGAAGGAAGCAUCAUCCGCUGCAUGCGCCGUCUGGAGGAGGUGCUGCGACAGAUGUGCUCCGCAGCUAAAGCCAUCGGCAACACAGAACUGGAGAACAAGUUCGCAGAAGGAAUAACGAAGAUCAAACGAGACAUCGUUUUCGCUGCCAGUCUGUAUCUAUAGUCACAUUAGUGAUUCAUUCGCCUGUUUUCCUGCUCCAACACAACCUUAGUUCCAAAAACGGCCUAAACCUUUCAGGUGGGAAAACUUUUAUUUUAUUUUCCAUCUUGUUACCAUGUGAUCACACAUUUAAAUGACCAGGAAACAUUACAAGUUAAAACUUUAAUUUAGCUGUUUGCUUACAUUGGUACGUGACAUCAUACAUCAAACACAUGCUUCACUUGUGUUAACGUUGAGUAAAAUGGCUUCAUUUCUCCUUGUUUUAGACAUCUGUAUAUAUAUCUGUAACGUUGUUUUUCAAUAAAAGUCUGUAUGGUGAUUUGUUGGCAUACAGAUUAUACAAAAAGCA